GUCCCACGCCUCCGCUGCGAAGUGGACUCGGGCUGCGGGAAUAGAGUUCAAUCUCAACCGGCGAAGUCAAUCUGUGCCAAGUGCGCGCUGCUCAUCACUACCGUCACACCCUCCUCGUCGCCCACUGCGCUCUUGCCUCAUCUUUCCUCCGGCGCUGGCCCUUCAUUUGGCGACUGCCGAGUGUCGACCGUCGCGCCUUCCCUCGAGCCCAUCUCUGCGAGCCAGCAUCCCUCCGAGACCAGUGCCACCCAACACACACACAUAGCCUGUCCUGCCGCUGCUUCCGAGGAUCACCGGCGCAGCCAUACAGAGCUGACAGCACUGCAACGUGCCUGCCAUCCUCACCUCGAAUCCUUUCUGAAUCCCACGCCGCCGGACACAGUGCCCAGUCUAUCGCCCACAAGCACGGGACGGCGCCCAGGCGCAAAGCUUAACAUACUUAUAGGAGCUUGUCCGCGGCCACAAAACAACUGCUCUCUGUUAACGCCUCUUGUCGCCAAGCUCCUGCCAUAUCGCCAGCCAUGGGCGACUCAUCGAUGCGAGACUAUGGCAUUGCCGCACCUCAUGGGCCCAACAUGGGCGGCCAGCACGUGGCAACUGCCGACCUGGGAGACAUGAAGGCCAACGAGUCAGAAGUGUUUCGAUCUCUCCUCCUUCCCGACGACAGCUAUGACGAGAACGGCACUUACUGGGCCGACAUGAAGAUCGGUCAGCGGCUCAAGUUCGUCAACAAGGUUGAUUCCGCAGAGGCCAAGAGUGAAUUGCAGAGCAUUGGCCGCAUGAUGAAGGCCGAUCCUCUGAGUCCUGUCGGUUACUACUUUAGAAAUAUGGUGAUCCCCGGCAUGGGUCUUCUCUUGGAGGGAUACGUCCUCUUCUCCAUUGGAAACGUCAAGCCUCUUUUUCAGGCCGCCUUUCCUGACUGCUGGAAGAGCAACACCGUAUGCACAAAGACAUGGGUGCAGUCUGUCGACUAUCUGGAGAUCGUUGGAAUUAUCGUAGGCCAGAUUCUGGUCGGUGUUCUGGGUGACUGGAUCGGCCGCCGAUGGGGUCUCAUCCAGGAUGCAGUCAUCAUGUUUCUCGGUCUCAUCAUGUUGACAGCCUCCUGGGGAACUACACUCAAUGGCUGGGUCAUCUGCUACGUCUGGUCCCUGUUCUUCUACGGCAUUGGUGUUGGAGGAGAAUACCCGAUGACCGCAACUUCUGGAAUGGAAAAUGCUGUUGGAGCCGGCAAGAUCUCCACACGGGACGAUCGUCUUCAUCGCGGACGCAAGGUCACGUCUGCCUUUUUGAUGCAAGGUUGGGGCCAAUGGUUCAAUCAAGUCAUUUUGAUUCUUCUCUUGCUCAUCUUUCACGGCGGUAAGAGUGGAGCACCAUACAACAAGACGCUCGUACAAUGGACCUACCGCGUCUCGUUCGCAAUCCCUGCCGUUGGAACGCUCUGGCUCGUGUAUUACCGUACCUACAAGAUGAGAUCCGCGUCAAAGGUUCUUCAGCAAGCAAAGAAGAAGGGCUCUGUCACUGGCUACGAUGUCAAAUCUCUCGGCUACACUUUCACCUACUUUGGAGGGCGUGUUUUCGCAACUUCCGCCGCUUGGUAUGCCAACGAUGUCUUCUUCUACGGCAACAAGCUCUUCCAAGCCGAAUUCAUCGCAACCUUAUCAGGCCAAACGACUUCCGUCAUGACGAACUGGCUCUGGAAUCUGCUCAACAUUGGUGUCUCCCUCGUUGGCUACUACCUCGCUUCCUUCUUGAUCGACAACAAGAACUAUGGCCGCAAGUGGAUGCAGAUCGUCGGUUUUGCGGGCGACUUCAUCUGCUUCAUCAUUCCAGCAUUCGACUAUGAGUACUACGCUAAAGGCGCUGGAGUUCACGCCUUCAUGGCAAUGUACUUUUUGUCGUCAUUCUUCAACCAGUUCGGCCCUAACUCCGUCACCUUCUUGGUUGCCGCUGAGGUUUUCCCAACUCCGGUCCGCGCGUCUGCUCAUGGCUUCAGUGCAGCAGUUGGCAAGCUAGGCGCACUCACUGCAGCUAUUCUCUACAACUACAUCGAUGUGCCAACACGAUUUUAUGUUGUUCCUUGGUUCGGUCUUGCAGGUGCACUCAUCACUUGGAUCUUCCUGCCAGACACCACUGGUCUCGAUCUGAAGGAGCAAGAGAGACGCUGGGCUUUCAUUCGUGCUGGGCGCGAGAACGAAUAUCACGGAGUUGCCAUUCAUCCUCAGCACCUGUCCUUAUGGGAGCGCAUGUGGGGCGUUGGCAAGUAUUACGAUGCUGAGGAAGACUACAAGCAGCGAGUGGAGGAGAUGCGUGCAGACUGGGAAGCAGCCAUGGCGCGACGAAUCGCAGAAAAGGAGGGUGCACAAGAUGAGGUUGAUGAUGAUGACUGGUCCAGCGAAGUCAGCACUUUCUUCGAGAGAACGAGAGGAAAGUCAGCUGCGAAGCAAGUCAACGGAAAUGGUACCACGCAUCCGAUAAUAGAAGAGAAGGGCAAUGAGGAGCUGAAUCAGGAUCUGAAGAAAUAAGUCUUGAUCAGCAUGUUUUUGAGUAUAGAAUACCUUGGCCGGUUGGACGGCAGACUUAUCUUGUAGCGUUCAUGCGACAUAGAUUAUGAUCAACAGAUGAAAGCGUGUACAUAAUAGUAAAAUUGAUGACCAGUAUACUUG